AUGGGUCGACCUUUUACUAUCUUCGUGGCCUGCCUAGCUGCCACCGGCUCGUUCCUGUUCGGCUAUGACAGUGGGGUCAUGACAGAUGUGAUCGAGUCGCCGAAUUUCCUGGCGUACUUCCAGACCACGCAGACAUCUGCGAUUAUCGGAGCAAUCAAUAGUACUUUCUCAGGUGGAGCUGUCAUCGGGUCCUUGCAGGGCGGCCUCACCAUGGACCGCUUUGGCCGCAAAAUUACCAUCCAGAUGGGAGCCUGCAUUUGCCUCGUUGGUGCGAUCCUGCAGGCAGCUGCACAGAACCUCUCAAUGAUCCUGGUCGGCCGAAUCCUGGCCGGGUGGGCCGUCGGGCUCAUGUCCAUGUCCGUACCAGUCUAUCAAGCCGAGCUUGCGCAUCCAAAAUCUCGAGGUAUGAUAGUUGGACUAGCACAACAAAUGAUUGGGAUUGGAUUUAUCGUUAGCACGUGGAUUGGGUACGGGUCCCUGCAUGCCCCCGCAACCAGCCAGUUCCAAUGGAGGUUUCCUCUCGCCUUUCAGGUCGUACCAGCUCUUGUUUUGGUCAUCGGUAUGAUAUUCCUUCCCGAGUCGCCACGAUAUCUCAUCGAGAAAGAGCGUUAUGACGAGGGCAUGCGCGUGCUCCGAAAAUUACACUUCGAUGGGACAAAUGAAGAUUGGAUCGAGGCCGAAUUUAGUGAAAUUCGUCGCACCAUCGAGGCCGAGAAGAGUAUUGCAGUGCAUGGGUGGAGCGCCUUGUUUACGGUUCCGCAAUGGCGUACUCGCAUGCUACAUGGUCUCGCAGUCCAGAUAUUUACCCAAAUGACAGGAAUCAAUGUGAUCGGGUACUAUCAAACAAUCAUGUACAGAGCUCUGGGCUUCACCGGGAAUCGGAACACGCUGGUGGCAGGCUUAUACAACUGCGUGGGCCCAAUUGCCAACCUCGUAUUCGUGGUAUUUCUUCUCGAUCGAGUUGGUCGCCGGCGACCGAUGCUUUUCGGCAGCGUGGCUAUCUCUCUCGCGCUGAUCUGCGAGGCGGCGCUCAACUCUCAAAAUGCAGAUGGUCAACGCAUUGGGUACAGCAUCGGCGGUGUUUUCUUCUUGUUUGCCGUAUCGGUAAUAUUUUCAAUGUCCUUUGGGCCUUGUAGCUGGGUCUAUAUGGCCGAGGUCAUGCCUAUGCAAAUCCGUGGAAAGGGUAAUGCAUUUGCUGUCGCCUUCGGAAACUGGGCAGUCAGCACACUCUGGAAUCAAGUGUCGCCCAUCGCUUUGGGCAAGAUCCAGUGGAAAUUUUAUUUUAUUUUUGUGGCGUGGAACCUGUGUGUGUCCUUUCCCGUGAUAUAUUUCUUCUUCCCAGAAACCAAGCAAAAGACGUUGGAGGAAAUCGACCUGUUGUUUGGGCAGCGCAUGUUAGAGGCAACGCCCGAUGGGGCGGUGCACACGGAGAAGGAAGAGGGGGUCUCGGCGACGAAUGUAGAGAACAUGGCGAUCCACUAG